GGUCGUACCAGGGCAUUUGGGGGCACACACUUUUUCUCCGACAAUCAAUUUGGUUACUGCAAUGAGAACUUGCGUCGAUGGGCACAAACUAUUCAGUAGUACUCGAAAUAAUACAUAAAAGUUAGAAAUAAGUUCAAAAUUAUAUGAGCACGAAAUACAUUCACAUGAACGUAUGUAUGAACACAAAUAUACGUUCAGUAUAAGGAACCUAUAUAUGUUCAUGACUAACUACAGAGCACAUAACCAUACCUGUCAUCCGAAGCGAAUUGUUCUGUGAGAUAAUCUAACGGUCUAUUAAUCAAAUCCUGAUGCCACACAGCAGUAUAAUUUUCUGAACUAGACCCUGCCUCUGUUCUGCAUACUUAUGAUGUCUGGAUAUACACAAAAUGAAAAUGUAAGCCGUGGCUCGGACACAAUGAUUGAUCGUUAUUGCAACUCUUUAAAUAUUCUUAAAGAAAAGGUUAUGAAUCUAUUAGAACAAUAUCAUUCAAUCAUUAUGCAAAAAAUGGAAUGUGAUUUAGGAAACUUACUCUCCUACAAUACUGGUGGAUUUCAAAGUCAUCUGGCAGAUGUCUUUUCUCAGAUGAAUGAUGUUGAAGUCCAUUUAAACAACUUGGAAGCUUGGGCUGGCCUUCCUCCUGAAUGCUUCACUUCAGCUAGUUUAAACUAUGGUAUCCCAGAUCCGGAUCAAGUAUCUCAUGAAGCCCAAACCCUAGUGGAGGCUAUCCGACAUUUACAAGCUGAAUUGCGUGCUAUGACUACAAAGUGUCAAACAAACAGCACACUUACCACAGGAAACGUGCCAUCAGUUACUGCAUCUGAUAAAAGUGAUAAUAACCAGGAUCGCAUUACUUCUUCAAUCCUAAAUUCAGUUGCGAGAAAAAGUCCUGUUCCAUUAACGGUUAUAAAAUCUGAGACUGCUCAUUAUCCAAUCCAGUGUAAUCCAUCUAUAUCGCCAUCUGCUGGUGAUCUGAAUCAAGGGUAUGUAGAUACAUUGCCACAAGUACCAUCUUUUCCAUCAAAUGAAGAAGGACGUAGUUCUCAUCACCCAGGCAGUAGACCUCCAUACAGUUCCAAUACUAAUACAGCUACCCGUUCACCUAGUGUCGAUCGACGUCAACAAUCUACUAUUUUGACUGAUGUUUACCGCACGACAUCUGGGCACCAUUCUUCGUUUUCGCCUAUCCCACCACAACAGUAUGCUUCUGGUCAAUACAAUCAGUUCCCUCCUUCUAGCUCUGUUGAAACUGUAUCUUCAAAUCGUAUGGCUUCUGAAACGUAUUUGCAAUACACGUCACCAGGGUGUUUAACACGAACAACUGAACCGUACACACCAAGACCUCACUAAUAUUAAUUUUGUUACUUUAAACUGAGUAACUUUUACGGUCAUGACAUCAGGCAGAAUGACAGUGUUAACUUUUUAUCUGUGCACAAGGUUUGAUCUCUUGUCAAACGUUUGUAUAUUUCAACAAUAGAUAAGAAAUAUCAAUAAACUUUUUUUACUA